GUGGCGGCGGCGGCGGCGGCGGUGGCGGCGGCGGCGGCUUCACCAUCAUCUCCCAGCCCGGCACCGGCUCUGCUGGCGGCGGCGGCGGGGCAGGACGGGGCGGGCCAGGGCGCGCCAGGCCCGCGGGUCCCCGGCAGGCUGCAGGCGCCGAGCCUGGGCCGCUCGUGCAGCUGUGAGCCCAGAGCCGUCCCAGCGACGAUCUGGGGGUGCGCCGGGCCCCCGGUCCUCAGGACCAUGGGGAAUGGCAUGACCAAGGUACUUCCUGGACUCUACCUCGGAAACUUCAUUGAUGCCAAAGACCUGGAUCAGCUGAGCCGGAAUAAGAUCACACACAUCAUUUCCAUCCAUGAGUCCCCCCAGCCUCUACUCCAGGACAUAACCUACCUUCGCAUCCCAGUGGGUGACACCCCUGAGGUACACAUCAAAAAACACUUCAAAGAAUGUAUCAACUUUAUCCACUGUUGCCGCCUCAAUGGGGGGAACUGCCUGGUGCACUGCUUUGCAGGCAUCUCCCGCAGCACCACCAUCGUGACGGCCUAUGUGAUGACAGUCACAGGACUGGGCUGGAGGGACGUGCUGGACGCUAUCAAGGCCACGCGGCCCAUCGCCAACCCCAACCCUGGCUUUCGGCAGCAGCUUGAAGAGUUUGGCUGGGGCAAUUCCCGGAAGCUUCGCCGGCAGCUGGAGGAGCGCUUCGGCGAGAGCCCGUUCCGCGACGAGGAGGACGUGCGCACGCUGCUGCCGCUGUGCAAGCGCUGCCGCCAGGGCUCGGCGUCGUCGGGCGCGUCGGGGGCACAGCAGCCCCGCGGCUCGGACGCCGCCCUGCAGCGCCUGGUGCCGCGAGCCGCCCGCGACGCCCACCGGCCGCUGCCGCUGCUGGCGCGCGUCAAGCAGACUUUCUCGUGCCUCCCGCGCUGUCUGUCCCGCAAAGGCAGCAAGUGAGGCGCCCGCCCGCCGCGGCUCCCCUCUCGCUCCCGACCGCGGCUCCCUGCCUCCGGGGGCUGCCGGGGCCUCCCACGGCUCCCGGGACGGACCCAGAGCCCGAGGCCCCCCCGCCCCCCCCUCGCUUGUCCGCGUCUGUGUCCUCGGUCUCUGUGUCUGGGCGGCCUGCUGCAGCCACCUGGUGCCUUAUCCUGGGGCUGGUGAAGGGGGCACCCGGGGCCUCCCCUUAAAGGC